UUCACUUGGGAGCUUUGGUUCGGAAACUGGGUGAAAUCUCUGGCUCUAAAGACUGGAUGAGUUGCGUGAAAAACAAGCCUUGUGCAACCCAAAAUGGCGGCUCAUGAUGCUGCAGUUUCAUCGUGAAUUGAGAGCGAGGGGGGCGGGCCGUAAACUGCAUCACAGCUGAUCUGAAGCUUUCCCCCCCUCAAGUUGUUUUUUGCAGAGGAGCUUUGCAGGAUUCACAGGGGGAUCUUUUCUUCUUGUUGUUUUCUUCCCCCUUUCCUCCUUAUUUUAAAACAAUUGCCUUAUUUUUUACUUCUUAAUCGGAUUUCAACACAAACGCACUUCCAAUAUGCCACUUCUUUUCAGAAUAUCCUGCUUUUAUUUGUUGUUGUCUACGAUGGUAUUGGCACAGCUCUGACCCAGUUUGCUGUAUUUUUGCCUUUUUGGUGUGCGUAAUGCGUUAAAACAAGCGUCCGUGGAGAUGUUUGCUGCGGGGGAUGAAGUCAGUUCCUUGUUGUUUACCUCACAAAAGGAGUCCCCUACUGGAGCUGCAAUCUCUCCAACACUAGAGCUAAGCCUGACAACGUUAUACACCGUUUUGUACUCUUUCCUAUUUAUUUUUGUCUACCUGCAGCUUUGGCUCAUUUUGCACUAUGGACACAAACGGUUCAGCUACCAGAGUGUUUUUCUCUUCUUGUGUUUGCUAUGGGCAGCUCUUAGAACCACUCUAUUCUCAUUCUACUUCCAAAAUAUGGUGCAGGCCAAUCAACUCCAGCCCCUGGCCUAUUGGGUGCUGUACUGUUGCCCAGUCUGCCUACAAUUCUUCACCCUAUGCCUGCUCAAUCUGUACUUCACACAGGUCAUGUUCAAGGCCAAAGCAAAGUAUUCCCCUGAGCUUAAUAAGUACAAGGUCCCCUUGCGAUUGUUCUUCCUGAGUCUAAGUAUAUUUUUCCUGGUGGUGAAUAUUACAUGUGCGUUGUUAGUGCAAGGAGCUCUGGAACGCUCGGAAUCACCAAGUGACGCUACUAUCCGACAUGCUGUUUUGGCACGGGUCCUGAUCAACGACAGCCUGUUUGUCCUUUGUGCCAUCUCUCUCGCUGUUUGCAUCUUUAAAAUCGCCAAGAUGUCUUCAGCUAAUGUUUACCUAGAAUCAAAGGGGACAUCGGUGUGCCAAGCUACCGUCAUAGGAGCUGUUGUAAUUCUCCUAUACGUUUCCAGAGCGUGCUACAACCUAGUGGUGGUAUCUUUGUCACCACAAGACAAGCCCAACCCUUUUAACUACGGCUGGUACAGUGUUUCUGAUCAGGCUGACGUGCAGGAAAUCACUGGUGAAGCCUACAUUAUAUUUGGGAUCAUUCUUUUCUUCUGGGAGCUGCUGCCUACAAGCCUCGUGGUGGUUUUCUUCCGAGUUCAAAAACCAAACCAAAACCUGGCUCCUGGUGGUAUGAUCAACAGCCACAGCUUCAGCUCUCGUGCCUAUUUCUUUGACAAUCCUCGACGCUACGACAGCGAUGACGACCUCUCCCGUAGCAUCACGAGCCGAGCGGACCGCACCAGCCUCCUCUCCACCACCCCCCAGAUGGGCCCCUCCACCUGGUACGGCUCCAUACCUCGCAACUGCAGUAGCGCUAUCAUGUCCGCCCAGCCCACCUCCUCCACCGCCCCCCUGCUCUUCGCCUAUGGGAAUAUCCAAAGUCAUCACCAUCACCAUAACUUUUACUCAACGCCGCAAAACAACAACUAUAGCAACCAGCACCAUGGCAACUACUACUCGACGCCACAAAAUUACUAUUGUGGAUCGCAAACGUACUACUGCACACCGCAAAAUUGAAUCAAAGAAAGAAAGAUGGUGGACCUAAGAUAUUGACGGUGGUAUAUAGACUAAGUUGAAGGAUGUCAUGGCUUUAAAUGCAUGGAUCAAUCACAAGGACCAAUGCUAACAUGGCCAGCGGCAGCCAUUUUGUGUCCAAGACUGGAGUCAUCAGGGACCAAGCCCUCAAUAUCAUGUCAUUCUCACUCUAUAUGUAAAUGGAAACAUACAUUACAGUAUUGAUCUAGCAUAACAUUACGACCAACUGCCAAUUGGCUCUGUGCACUGUUAACGUCACUACUUCCUGUCCAAUUUUAUCUCUAUGUGUAGAGUGACCAUAUUUUCAAAAUCAAAAACUGGGACACUCACGGUUUUGGGUGGCUGGUAAGAAUGAAAUUGUGAAGCGAGUACGUAAUUAAGGAAAAUUGCACUCAGUCCAUUCAUGACGAACAUGAGUCAGUAUAGUCACAUUUUCUUUUUGUUUUGGUCAUUUUUAAGCAGCUUCUCUGUAUUUAACCUAAACAAGUGACAAUUUCUGCCUCUCUUUACAGUUGGCGAGGAUCAAAUUGGUCAAAAAUAGGGAUACCUGGGACAUUUCUUAUAUAAAACUGGAACAAAUCAAUGGUUUUGGAUAAAUCUGCUGGGACAAGGGGACAAAACUGGGAUUGUCAAAACUGGGACUGUCAAAACUGGGACUGUCAGAAAUGGGACUGUCCUGGGUAAACAAGGACAUCUGGUCACCCUGUCUGUGGUUUUUGCAGAGUCGUGCUAAAAUUAAUAAAUAUUUAAAGAUAAGGCAGUGCACAGUGCACAGGGAACUGGGGGUGGGGAGGGUAAAAAGUACACAAAUAAAACAAAUAUAAAUAAUAGAAAGAUAGAUUUUUGUGUCUCAGUGCUAACACUAAUGCAAAUUUUGAGGCAUAAUAAAUAUUAAAACAGUGCCACAAACUGAAGUGUUUUACAUAUAAAAAUGAUUGGGUAUUCUUUAUAUUUACUCAGUUUGAAUAUUAAUUGUAGGUUGUUUGUUUUGUGUUUUAUGAUUUUGAUAAAUGUGACUGCACUGAGCCUGUAAGGGUGGACACAGGAAUCAUUUCUUCAGCUUUGUGAUGCAGCAGCUUCUCGGUUAUUGGAUGAGCUCAGUUGUCUUAACAUCACAGUUAUUAUUCAAAUUCUUUACCAUUUUCGCAAAUUGACAAUGAAGAUGUAUUCUGUGUUCUUUUCUGUACCUGUCAGUGGUCGUAAUGUUAUGCUUUAAAGGUGCACUGCGCAACAUUUCUAGUGGAGGGUCUACCACCUGGCGUCUCCAUGGAAAUGUCACUGCUUUGUGGAGAAUGUUCCACAGUAUAGAUUAGUACAGAUCUGAGGAGAGUUGCCCUAUUCACAUAAGGAAUGAUUGUAUUUCUGAGCAGUAGAAACACCUGUAAUGAAUAAAUGCUAAAUGGAAAUAUUUAGUUAUACAAUGGCACAUUCCAGGCAAAGCAAUAAAAUCUCCAUGGAGACAAGCAGGUGACGGACCCUCCAUCAAAAAACUGGCUCAGUGCACUUUUAAAUUGAAAUACACUUUAAAAAGCUAUUGUGACUAUAAAGCUAAAAUAGUCUGCUUGGCUACAGACUAUGCCAAAACAGCAUUAGUCAGCUAAUCAUGCUAUCGAAUCCAAUGUUUCUGUCGAUGCCAUUAAAAGCUUAGGCUCUUGUAUAUGGUUGCUGCACCCACUGACAGUCUAUUUAUGGACUUUGAAGUUUACUGAACAGUUUUGUAAGCAAACUAAUAUUACAUUGAGAGAUGGCGAAUGUGUAGCAAAGCAGCUGGUUUGACCAAGAACAGAACUGUGAUCUGUCAACAUAGGACAUUUGGGACAUUGUAAUAUAGAUGAUAGAUUAUACAUUCAAGCAUAACUAAAAUUUCACAUGAAAGGAUGUCAUAUUUUUAAUCAAAAAUCUGAAACAUUUUGCACUUAGAAAACUUUCCAAAUAGACUAACAAAUGUAGGACGUCAUUUCCUACCAUAUUUAUGUAUUCUCCUGGCAAUCCUCUAUUUUAUUAUUGACUAUUGAUGUGCCAUCACAUUAGAUCAUAUCCAAUUCAUUCCCUAUGGAAAUAUUUUUGCACAAGAUGUGUUUGUGUGUGUGUCCGAGCUGAUUUCUAAUCCUGAACUGUGUGUUUGAAUUUCAUUGUUUGUCUUUUUUUACUCGUAGGUCUUUCAAUCUCAUAACUAACUUCAGUGUCUGAGCAAUAUUUCACAAUGUUGGAACAUAACUCAUGUAGUGUUUUUAUGUUUGACUGAGGGAAUCAAUGUCCUCCAUACUGGACAUGUAUAUUAACUGACAAAUACCGAUUAAUAUGUAAGAUAUCAACUUUAUAGUGGUUUAAAGGAAAAAGUUAUCGCUCAUUUACAGGGCAUGCUUCUGGAUCCAAUCGCAACAACUCAAUAGUGUUUUCUGUUAAGUGUGAUAGCUUACUUGUGUAAAUGUUUGCAACAGGUGACAGUGAGUAUAAUUUUAUCAUUUUGUUUAGUGGCAAAAUACUGAAUGUAACGUGCAAAAGAUCACCGAUUAUGUAUGCAAAAAUGCACUACCGUGUUGAAUAAAGGCCUACUGCACACUUUUUA